CAGAACCAAACCAAACCAUUAAAAAAACUAAAUAUUUCUUCAGCUUUCACAUGCCAUCACACAAAUGUUCGUUUGCGGCUCAUCAAACUUCGCUAACAUGGACGAUCACAGCGAGCCUCAACAGACAUCGAAGAGGAAGCAAAACAAGAACCCUUAUUCCUCAAGGGGGCUCGAAAAGUUCUCAAUGGUGCUAAAAGAGUUGGAAUCGAGAAGAGAGAAGAUAAUCGCGAGGACCGGGUCUCAGGGCGUAGCCUUGAUCCGGUUCGUGUACGAUAACUCUCAAGAGUGGAUCCCGAUCGUCGUCAGACCGAAGGAAACAAUAAUGGACGAGAUGAAGAAGCUGCCUCCGCCGCCGCCGCCGCCCAUGCAAGAGAAGGUUGGGAAGAAGGAGAGGAGGAAGGGGGGGUUACUGAAGGCCAUGAGGGUGAGAGAUGCGUAUUUUUGGCCUUUGGUCAUGGUGUUGAUAUUGGUUUGCUUGGUGAUUUUUGGGAGGGUGUUUGCUAUAUGUUGCACUUGUAUUUGGUGGUAUCUGAUGCCAACAAUGAAGGAGAGGUGUGGCAAUAUUAAGAGGAAGGAGACUGGGAGGAGGAGAUCGUGCGAUAAGAAACUGGUGGUGACAUCCCCUAGAGCAGCCCAUGGGAUUAGUGGGAAAAAAGGGUGAUGAUUAAUCAUGCAUGUGAAGAUUAAUCAUGUCUUCUUAGCACAUGAGUAUGUAAAUUAUUUUAUGCUCGAUCGUAAAUUAUCUAUUUUCAUGAGGGGUUUCAUUGGGUAUCAAACAUUCCCCAAGCUCAC